GGGACCGCAGUGGCUAUGCAGCCAAUAAGAAGGGCACAACUUACGAAGAAUUUGUUAAGGAAAAUAAAAGGUAUAAUUGUUGUCUCUAUAAUGACCGUCGUUAUAGUGCUAUUGGCUCUCUGCAAUGAUCAUCAAAUUACAGGUAUGAUUGUUUUCCCUAUAAUGGCUGUUGGUAUAGUCCUCUGCUUCUGCUUCUGGGCCUUUCGAAAGACGUCAAUUCGAAGUAUUGCAGAUGCAAAUCUAAUGGGGGCAGAACGUGACGACCCACGACUUGCAUUAGAAGUGGUUGGAAGUUCUUUGCACAAGGAAACCUAUGAGGUUUGGGAGAGCGUAGAAAACAGCACUGAUUCCUUAGAUCAUGUUUCCAAAGAAAGCUUCCUCGACUUAGCUUCACUUCCAGAGGGGACGAAAAUCUGUGUUCAUGUUCGGAGGCUAUCAAACCUUGCAAGCAGAAACUUGGUGGAUUUGACUAGCACUCAAGGAUUAGCAAUCUCAUAUGGAAAUGCCUCGGAGCUAUACUCUGAGCAUAAUGCAAUGCGUAGAUUGGCUUUGCAUUUGGGGUGCCAAGACUGUGUAUUCCACAAGAAGAGGUUGGUGAUGCUUUGGAAGGAGCAGAAUUUGUCACAGAAAUUGGAGUUGCUUAAUCAUGGAGCGCAUGAUGUUCAACUUCUCUCCAUUCACACAGGCCCUAUGAAGGAAAACCAGUGGGGUGACAUGAUUUUUCCGGACACAGAGGCUCUGAUAUUACUCUUUACUGGGACUGAAUAUUAUCUUCCUCCAUUUUUGAAAUCGAUGAAGAAACUAAAGUUUCUGAUGGUAUCCAAUUGCGGUAGAAACAAGGCAACGGUGAAAGGUCUGGAUAUCUUAUCUUCACUCACUCAACUCAGGAGUCUCUGCUUAGACAGGUUGAUCGCAACCCCGGUUCAAGAAGAAAGCAAAUUUCUACCGAACUUAGAGACGCUACAUUUAUGCUCAUGUGAAGGAUUUGAAGAUACAUCCACAUUCAAAAGCUUGAAGAUGCGAGAUUUUAACCUGGAUCAUUCCAGCAAUUUGGAGAAGGUGCCUGUUAGUCUCUGUUAUAUGCACUCAGCUCAGAUAUGGUCAAUUACCAACUGCCACCUGAUUCAGAAGUUGCCUCCUGACCUUGGGAAUCUGACCUCUCUGAGAAUGUUAAGAUUAUCAGGAUUACAAGGCCUAAAAGCACUUCCGUCAUCAAUCGGAAAUCUUAAGCGAUUGGAAUGCCUAGACAUUUCACUAUGUGUGGGGCUGAGAGAGCUUCCAGAGGAUAUAGAUCAACUAAAGAAGCUGAUUACGUUUGAUAUGAGAGGAUGUUCUUGUUUGAUGAUGUUACCAAGAGGUGUUGAUAAACUGAGUUCUCUGGAGCUUGUUAUCUGUGGGCACAAGAUUGGGAAGCAGUGGCUGAGGGCCAAAAUUUCUAUUCCCGAUCUUAGUGUUAAAAUUUCGCCUGUUCAGGGCAGUUAACAUUCUUCACCAUUUUGUAAUUUUCCAUCCGAAUGCAUUUCUUUAUUUUAAAAAAUGUUAGUGAACUGGGUAUCUGUAAAUGUGGUGGUACAUAUCAUUUCUCUGUCU